AUGGCUGCACGCAUGCCUCCCCUCUUAGCCUCAUCACUGUGUCUCGCAUCUCUGGUAGCAUGCGUUCCCAACCCACGCACCCUCGACUCAGAUCUAACCAUACUAACCCACAACGACCUGUAUGGUAACAGCAGCCACAGACAAGCUUCCACCAUCGUCAUCAGCAAGCGCCAGUCCUACUCAGCCUCGGCUUCGACUUGUGCAGCGCUGGGAGAAACGCUAUGGUCCAUCGAGCGCGUUCCGCAAGAGCUUGCGCUCCUACAGUAUCUUGGACAUGGCAGUAAGACACAAAGUCAGACUCUCUAUUGGGUGGCAGGUGCUGCAGACGCCAAAUGUACCGCCGUUACAGGAAAAGGCCGCACCCAGCGGCUGCCGUGCAACACCCUUCUGCCAGCGCUCUGCUACAACUCGGCGGCCCUCAGCUCACCGGAUUCAACUGACACGCGCACCAAGUGGCAGACAGCAGUCACGACGGGAAAUGCAACCAUCCUGGGCUACCGCGAUAAACACUCGUUCCGUUUCCAGGGCAUCAAGUACGCUACUAUACCCAACCGUUUCUCGGACUCUGUCUACCUGCCGCCUGCUGGGUCGAACAUCUCAGCACUUUCAUACGGGCCUCAAUGCAUACAAGGUAGCUGUAGUUCUGGCUCGGCGUCAUGCAGCGAAGACUGCCUGUAUUUGAAUAUCUGGAGCCCGUCCCUCCCUAGUCAGAAAAACUCCAAGAUCAAAAAGAAAGCCGUCAUGGUCUGGGUCCACGGCGGUGGCUUCGUCAGUGGCUCAGGUAGCGACACAACUUUUGAUGGUGGAGCCAUUGCAUCUCGUGGCGAUGUGGUUCUUGUGACAAUUAACUACCGACUCGGAAAUCUGGGCUUUUUGGCACUGCAUGGCACUUCCCUGACAGGUAACUACGGUUUGAAAGACCAGAGUACUGCGCUGGACUGGCUUCACGCUCACAUCGAUGCCUUUGCCGGCGACAAGGACAGGAUCACCGUCUUUGGCCAGAGUACUGGCGCAGCCUCUGUGAGAGCGCUACUUGCCUCACCAGAGGCUCGUCACAAGUUUGCAGGUGCAAUUACUCAGAGCACCCCCCAAGGCUUAAACUACGCUUCGACCUUCGCCAAGUACCUGACCAUCACCGAGGCUACCAACCAGACCAAGUCUCUUCUUAACGAGACUGGAUGCGCCUCGACCAACAGUGACACCAUCCUCAGUUGCCUGCAAGCCGUCAGCCCCCUCGCUCUUACCACCGGUACCGUGGCCUCCUACCCGGUAGUUGAUAACACGUUCCUCACGGCCUCCACCCUCCCACUCGGCUCCGCAGCAUCAAAGCUCAACGUUACCCUGCUCUCAGGUAUUAUGCACGACGACGGCUCACCCUUUGCCGCCUACCCAAGCAGCGCGAACCUCACCGCCGCGCUUCUUGAGCAAGACCUCCCGGUCUCCACCGUCUUGGACGCUAAUCUCUUCCCUCUCCCCACCGCUCCGAACUCCACACUUGCCAUCUUUAACGUCACAAGCCGCGUGGCAACAGACGCCAUGUUCCGCUGCCUCGCCCAAUCGACCGCCUCGAUCGGCUCCAAGAACUCCGUGUUCAAGAAAGUAUAUGCCUACGAAUUUGAUCGCGCCUUCCAGCUGCUAUCCUAUAGUCCAAACCCGCCCGCCUGCGAAGCCCCGCGCGAUGCCGCGCAUCCAUUCGGCAACCCAGGCAAGCCGUACUACAAGUGCCACUCGGGAGAACUCUACUACGUAUUCGGCACGCUUGUACGCGAGGGGGGCCAUCUGCGCGACGACAACGACAUGAAAUUCUCGCAGUUUGUCUUGGACUCCUGGACCAGCUUUGCGAGGACGGGGGAUCCGACGCCAGAUCAGGGUUUUUUGGAGACUAGGCGGUUUACCAAUACCACGGAUCUCGUGCUGGCGUCGCGCAGGUGGAGGCCUGUUGGUGAUGGUGGCACGGACGCGACGCUGCGCGUGCUGGACGUCAGGCCGCGCGACCAAGGGUGGAGGGAGAUCGAGCAGUGCGAGGCGCUGGGGUUUGGGCUUGGGUAUUACGAUGAAUAG